GAGUUGUGUUCUGUCACACUAUAUAAAGCAUCUUCCGUGUUACUGAUACUGUUUUUUUGCCUCUAUAAUUACUGUAAUUACCUUCACUGGUCAAUACAGUUGGUCGUCUGUCCAUUAGGAGCCUUCCUCCUCUUCGACCACUAGCAGAUAAUGGAAUCUCUGCAGUGGGCGUGACCACAGCGUGUGGACGGACGCUUGACUAAUGAGACGCCUAUAAAAAGGCCAAAUAUGAAGGUUGUGUGUCUCAUCUGGCUCCACAUCAUCCCUGAGAGCAGAGGCUCCACUGACUGAGGCAGCGGCCAUGAUGCUCGCUGUCUUCCUCCUCCUCCUCUUCCUCACUGCUAAGUCUGGACAGUGUUCAGACGUGGUCCAGGCUCAGGAUUCCUGCAGCUAUCAGGACGUUUUAAACUACCUGAACCUGAGCAGCAGCAAUGAGCUGUACUUCAUGACCCGACCCGUCAGAAACUACAAGCAGCCCACCUUCGUCUACCUGGAGGUGCUGCUCUACGCCAUCCUGGACGUGGUGGAGAAGGACCAAAGGUUCAUUCCUUACGUCUGGACCGUCAUGAGGUGGAACAAUGAUUACAUUUCCUGGGAUCCAAAUAAUUUUUGUGGCAUUGACAACGUUUCUCUUCCCACUGAGAGUCUGUGGAAACCAGAUCUCACCAUUAUAGAAAUGACAGAAAAAGACAAAGCUCCUCCGAGCCCCUAUCUCACCAUCAACAAUAACGGAGACGUCGAAGUCCAGAACGACCAGGUUCUGGUCAGCACCUGCCGGAUGCACACCUUCAACUUCCCCUUCGACAUCCAGAACUGUGACCUCACGUUCAAGUCGGUCAUUCACACGGCCAAGGAGCUCCGGCUUCAGCCCUUGGACAACUCCAGCGAGGCCACCGAGUGGUCGCGAGGGCUGAUGCGAACGCAGUACGAGUGGCUGUUCAUGAACAUGACCGUCACCGCCAACAACGCCACGGACCCGCUGGGCCAGGACACCAUCGUCUACACUAUCACCAUGAGGAGGAGGUCCGUCCUCUACAUCGUCAACUUCCUGGUUCCUGUCCUCUUCUUCCUGUGUCUGGAUUUGGCCUCCUUCCUCAUCUCAGACCGUGGGGGUGAGAAGCUCAGCUUCAAGGUCACCGUGCUUCUCGCGAUCACGGUUUUACAGCUGAUCCUUAACGAGAUCCUGCCUGCGUCGUCAGACCGGGUCCCGCUCAUAGCCGUCUACUGCAUUGGGGUUUUCGCGCUGAUGUUGCUCAGCCUCCUGGAGACGAUCCUGGUGAUGUAUCUGAUGGAGCAGGACAGCGCGUCAGAAUCCAGCGAGGCCGAUAAAGACUCAAGUGAUGAGGGCAAAGUGAACUUCCACAGCUGCCACAUAGAUUUGCACCGAUGGUGUGCGUGUGGCUGUGACGCCUCCGCCGCUCAAACUCCAUGUGAACCGGCGCCGGAGGCCCGGGAGGGCGACGGCGCCAAACUGGUGGAGGACUUCCACAGCCUGGAGAAGCUGUCGGACGAGCUGAGGAAGGUGGAGAAAACGCUGACUCUGCUCAUCAACAGCAGGAAGGACGAGGAGAAGCCCGGGUACUGGACCCACGUGGCCAUAAGGAUCAACAAAGUCUUCUUCAUUGUCUAUAUUACAAUAAUUGGCAUGUUUUUAGUUGUUAUGUUUUUAAAAUGGAGCAACGCACAAGAAUGAUCAGUUAUAAAAGAUACAAAAUUGACACAGAGUGUAAUAAUGACUUACCACAAUCUGCCCAACAAACAACUCAUUGGAAGCAGAGGUCACAUUAGGCUGCAGAUCCAGGGCUCUUUCUAACCACUUGUUCCUUAAGUGCUCAGCUGUUGGUUUCUCGAGCACUUAACUGUGGUUUUAUGUUUCCAGAAGGACUCCGAACAUAAAAUCAUGCACUGAUCAUAAAAGCCUCGUUUUCCCACAUUAGCUGUUAGCGAAGCGGAUGAGGUUCUGCUCAUUAAGUUGUUCAGACAAACAGUUUUCUCUGUGUCUCCAGCCGCUGAUUGCAUGUUUUAUGUAUCGUUUAUGUCUAAAACCCUGUAAAUAUAUGUGUAUCACACCUGCUGUCACAGGUCAUUUCAUUCCACAUUUUGUGAUCUUACUCUACAUGUGUGUGCAGAUGUGACAUGUUGGUAACUCUGAAUUAUGCCUAUUUAUUACUGUCGUUUUACUGAUGUUGUGUAAUAAAACAA